GUAUUAUAACGGAUGUGGAGAGUGAUGAGAAAAUUAACAGAGUAAUUAACUUAAUUCGCAGUUUAUAAAAGCCUUUGUUGGCGUUAACCGAUCGCCAUAGGCAAAAAAAAAUGGUGCAAAGAGCGUUUAAAUUAUUCAGUAGAACAACGGACAAUAAUUAUCGUUAGGAACAAAUCAAAUUUCGAAAUUAUUAACAGAAAAAAUAAGAGAUUUAUUUGUUGCAAAAAUACAGAAAAAUAUUUGAAGCAACAUCUAUUAAGCAGUAUUCAAAAGGGUGGUGGUUCCGUCGGCAUCUGGGGAUGUAUAUCAGGCUCAUGCUUGGCUGUCAUAAAAUAUACGAAAGAAGAUUAAACCAGUAUAAGUAUCAUGACAUUUUGGAAAAUGUGCUAUCCCUAGUUGCGAUUUGCUCCAUGCUGAUCAAAAUUGGUUAUUUCAACAAGACAAUGCUCCAUGCCAUACAGCACAUUUAAUCACUGAUUAUUUCCUUAAAAGUAAUAUUUGACUUAUGCCUUAGCCAGCACAAUUACCAGACUUGAACCCAAUUGAAAAUUUAUGGAGCUGGAUGGAUUAUUAACAAACAAAAAAGCAAAUAACUAGUCACAAAAUGCUCAAACAAGAACCAAACUGUGGCUUGAAAUACCAAUCAUAAUGAUUGAAAACUUAAUUGAAUCAAUGCCAAGAACUAAAAAAACUCAAAAUGACUAGUACAAGGAAUAGAAAGCGAGUCACACAACCAAUCAUUCUUCAUACAGAUUCUGAUCAUAUAAAAGAAUUCAGCUUGCUGAAUAACUUCAAAAAAAAACUUCUAUUGUUCAAGUUGCGUUACAUGUUUUAUUUUGUUAUUGUUGUUGUUAUCCUAAUUGAACUAAAAUCUGAGAAACCCAAUCUUUCUUCCCAUGCUAUUUUCUGGUAUGAUAGUAAUUAUCUUAUGACAUAUAAUAAUCAUACUUUUUUGUAUCAAGAUAUUAUUAAUCUUCAAUAUCCUAUCAGAUUGCAACCUGUUUUACUUAUUUUACAUGGUCAACAUAGUUAUGAUUGGAGGAAAGGAAUUCCUUAUUUUCAAAAAAAAUUCUUCCGCAUUAUUAUACCUGAUUUGUCAGAUAAUAUUAAACAAGCUGAAAUGGUUGAGCAAUUGAUGAUGUUUUUAAAUAUUCGUCAUUUUCAUCUAUUAACUCAUAUGAAUGGAGAAAGAAUUUUAGAAGUUUUACUCAAUACAAAGCUAGUUUCCAAUGUCAAAAGUUUGUGUAUAAUUAAUGGUGGCUUUUCACCACUUCCAUAUUUUGCAUCACCAUACUUUUUAAACAAUUUUGGAAGGUUUUCAGUUGGAUGGUACAUUUUUAAGUAUACUAACAUUUACAUGUUUAAUUUAUCUGCAGAAGAUUUAUAUGAAAAGUUUCUUGAUUUGCUACAAAGCAAAUGGGUUCAGACAGAAACCAAUGUAGAUAAAAAACUCUGGGAUACUUUUUUAACAAACAUAAGUAUUCCAUUGCAUCUAAUUUAUGGAUCAAAAGAUAGUUCAAUAAAGACUUAUUUAUCUUCACACAAUUUAACAAAAUACCAUUUGACUUUGCUAGAAAGUGUGGGACAUUAUCCACAGUUAGAAGAUCCAGAAUUAUUUGUUCGUGAGUAUUUGAAGUUAAUAAAAAAAAUAGUUUGAUAUAACCUUUCUAAGAAACUAGUGUUGGAUGUCAUUUCAAGUAUUUAUUAAGAAAAUAAUUUUGUAAAUAAUUUUGUAAUAUUUGAAACUGUCUAGAAGCUUCAUAUAUUAGAAAAUAUAUAAUAUUAAUUGUA